UCGUUCCUAAGUUUGGCGAUUUCAAAGAAAAAUAGACAACAAUUGUUCUAUUUUAGUUAAUGUAUUCCAAAUUGUUAAAGUUUUUUACUUCACCUUAUGGCUCUUUAUGUGCUCAUUGCAUACUAUUUUAGUUUCCUUUCUUUCUCAAGUAUAUAAAGACGUUACAUUUGAUUGUUCAGCUACCUAGCAAUGCAAACUUCUUGGACUCUUUUGAAUUCAUUGAAUAACUACUUACUGUUUCUUUGUUGACACAUCUAAUGACAUUUUAAUCUUUUCUCAUUUCUCCCCUCAAUCUGUCAAAACCGUAAUGCAUCUCUGGGGUUUUGUAUCAAAUCUACUCUUAGACCUCAAAGAGCACUUCAGCCAAACAUUUGGUUGAUGUGUGUACAUAUCUCGGAACACAAUUGCAAAGACUUGAUUAUGGAAUGGCUUGUAGGUCACAGACUGGACACUCUUUUCCUUCAGUGUGUAUUAGAUGCUCUAGUUGUUCAUUCCGUGAAUUAAGUUUUGUCACUCUACAAGAGUGCAACAGAGGAUCAAUCUCCGGCAUUGUCAUUCGAUUCCCACAAUUUCCCUCUCUUUGUUGAUUAAUAAUUCCUGUAUUUGUGUACAGUUACUUCUAUGACGUGGAUUUAUCUGAGGUAUCUGAUAUGCAAGCAGUAUGAAGGGGAUCCUUUGAAAUAAGUGGGGCCUAGUGUUCUUCAUUCUGUGGGUUCAUGGCUGAUCCCACAUUAAUUGUACCUGAUUCUUCACAGACUUUGAUAGGACAAACUUUAGUUAUUGGGCAAGAAUUUCCUGAUGUAGAAACUUGCCGAAGAACAUUGAAAGAUAUUGCCAUAGCACUGCAUUUUGAUCUUCGGAUUGUGAAAUCUGAUCGUAGUAGAUUCAUAGCCAAAUGCUCUAAAGAAGGCUGCCCUUGGCGUGUCCACGUGGCAAAAUGCCCUGGAGUUCCAACCUUUUCAAUCAGAACUCUGCACGGAGAGCAUACUUGUGAAGGAGUUCGCAACCUCCAUCAUCAACAAGCAUCAGUAGGUUGGGUUGCAAGAUCAGUGGAAGCUCGUAUUCGGGAUAAUCCACAAUACAAACCAAAAGAAAUCCUUCAAGAUAUUAGAGAUCAGCAUGGAGUUGCUGUCUCUUACAUGCAAGCUUGGCGUGGGAAGGAGCGCAGCAUGGCUGCACUUCAUGGAACUUUUGAAGAAGGGUAUCGUGUUCUUCCUGCAUACUGUGAGCAAAUAAGAAAAAGCAACCCAGGAAGCAUUGCAUCAGUUUUUGCAGCUGGACCAGAAAAUUGUUUCCAGCGUCUUUUUAUUUCAUAUCGUGCAAGUAUCUAUGGGUUUAUAAAUGCUUGUAGGCCACUUCUGGAACUUGACAGAGCACAUCUGAAAGGAAAAUACUUGGGCACACUACUCUGUGCUGCUGCUGUUGAUGCGGAUGAUGCAUUAUUUCCUUUAGCAAUUGCUAUAGUUGAUGUAGAAAGUGAAGAAAAUUGGAUGUGGUUCAUGUCGGAACUGAGGAAGCUUCUGGGAGUGAAUACUGACAGCAUGCCUAGACUUACUAUAUUAUCUGAAAGACAGAGGGGUAUCGUAGAGGCUGUUGAAACGCAUUUUCCAACUGCUUUUCAUGGAUUUUGCCUACGUUAUGUAAGUGAAAAUUUCCGUGAUACUUUUAAGAACACAAAGUUAGUGAAUAUAUUCUGGAAUGCAGUCUACGCCCUCACAGCAGCUGAAUUUGAAGCCAAGAUCUCUGAGAUGGUAGAUAUCUCACAAGACGUGUUACCAUGGUUUCAACAGUUUCCUCCUCAGCUUUGGGCUGUGGCAUAUUUUGAGGGGGUUAGAUAUGGCCAUUUUGCUUUAGGUGUCACAGAGUUGUUGUACAAUUGGGCUCUCGAAUGCCAUGAGCUUCCUGUUGUGCAAAUGAUGGAACAUAUUCGGCAUCAGUUAGCAGCUUGGUUUGAUGAUCGUCGUGAUAUGGGGAUGAGGUUGAACUCAAUUCUUGUUCCAUCUGCUGAGAAGCGGAUUUCAGAAGCAAUUGCAGAUGCUCGUUGCUAUCAAGUACUCCGUGCAAAUGAAGUUGAGUUUGAGAUUGUGUCAACUGAGCGAACAAACAUAGUGGAUAUACGAAGUCGUGUAUGCUCUUGUCGCCGUUGGCAACUCUAUGGUGUACCUUGUGCUCAUGCUGCAGCUGCACUUAUUUCUUGUGGUCAAAAUGCACAUUUAUUUGCUGAGCAUUGUUUCACAGUAGCAAGCUACCGGGAGACCUAUUCCCAAAUGAUCAAUCCAAUUCCAGAUAAGAGCCUAUGGAAGGAGCAAGGUGAGGGAACUGAAGGUGGAGGUGCUAAUCUUGAUAUUACGAUACACCCACCUAAAACUCGACGGCCACCUGGCAGGCCAAAGAAGAAGGUUCUUCGUGUCGAAAACCUGAAACGGCCUAAGAGAAUUGUUCAAUGUGGCAGAUGUCAUUUGUUAGGACAUUCUCAGAAAAAAUGCACCAUGCCUAUUUGACUUCAUCUUGUUUCAUUUUUUUGUCUGUCUCGUGCCGUUUUUGUACCUUCUGUCCUAAAAUUCUGGGUAGAUUCAAUAGCAUGUUUGUAAUCUUGUUGUAUUCUUUUUUUUUUUUUUUUUUUCACUGAGUUGCUAAAUAAGGAUACAGGGUCCUGUUUUUGAUAGUUUUAUCAGUUUGCUGCUUCUGAACAUUUUGUUGUGGCAGCUUUGUCCAGAUAUCCACAAGGAUAAUCGGUUACUGAAAGUUGGAAAGUUUUCAUGUCUUGUGUUCUUUUAGGGUAUAGAGAGUAGAAUUAGACUGUGCUGGUAAUUUAUCAUGAGAGUUAUAUUGUUUUAGGUAUUAUCAUUCAGGUUUUUUCAGUUGUCAUUAGGGAAAUUCUUAUACAAUUUCAACAA